GUUCUUUAGUAAUAUAACUGUGACGUAGUUUGAAUGAGUGUAAAAAGAUAUAAAGAAACCAUCAUUAUAUUUACGGCCUACAAGCAGCUGAAGGUCAUAAUUCAUCUUAACAGACAGUUACAAACUAAGCUACACACUGAAAAUCGACAAAAUACCAUUUCAAUUCCAUUGAAUAACACACCGAAGAUCUCUCUGAGUCAAAAAGCUGUCUUGGUUAUUCGGAAACAUUCAUAUAUGAGUAGUAUAUAUGGAUUUCCACCUGUAGCUUUUCUAGGGUCACUGCCGGUUCUGAUCCCGGUAAAAGAUGAGGGUUGGGCACAGGUUCAGCAACCUUGACCAAUAGAAAAUAGACCUUGCUAAAAAAACUCUAACCUGGAGAAACAAUUUCAAAGAAAAACACUAAUAUAUGUUGUUCUACAAUAAAUCAUGAUUAGUUAAAAUUGAGUUUACACUCAAGGUGUUAAGAUAACAACAGUAAAUCACAAAGCAGUCAAACAUAAAAAUGACAGGUACAAGAUAGCUGUCUAAAC